GUGCGCGUGGUCGGGACAGCUGCCGCUGGUCGCCUCUGAGUCAGGACGAGUCCGGUUCGGGUCCGUGCGCGGAGUUCUCUCUCAUCUCGCUUGGCUGCGGGAAAUCGGGCUGAAGCGACUGAGUCCGCGAUGGAGAGAGAAAAGGAACAGUUCCGUAAACUCUUCAUUGGUGGCUUAAGCUUUGAAACCACUGAAGAAAGUUUGAGAAACUACUACGAGCAAUGGGGAAAGCUCACAGACUGUGUGGUAAUGAGGGAUCCUGCAAGCAAAAGGUCAAGAGGAUCUGGUUUUGUAACAUUCUCAUCCAUGGCUGAGGCAGAUGCUGCCAUGGCUGCAAGGCCUCAUUGGAUUGAUGGGAGAGUAGUUGAGCCAGAACGCGCGGUAGCCAGAGAGGAGUCUGGAAAACAUGGAGCCCAGGUGACUGUGAAGAAGCUAUUUGUUGGCGGAAUUAAAGAAGACACCGAGGAGCAUCACCUUAGAGAUUACUUUGAAGAAUAUGGGAAAAUUGAUACUAUUGAAAUAAUUACUGAUAGGCAAUCUGGAAAGAAAAGAGGCUUUGGCUUUGUUACCUUUGAUGACCAUGAUCCUGUGGAUAAAAUUGUAUUGCAAAAAUACCACACCAUUAAUGGUCAUAAUGCAGAAGUAAGAAAAGCACUGUCAAGACAAGAAAUGCAGGAAGUCCAGAGUUCUAGGAGUGGAAGAGGAGGGAACUUUGGUUUUGGAGAUUCCCGUGGUGGUGGUGGAAAUUUUGGACCAGGACCAGGAAGUAACUUUAGGGGAGGAUCUGAUGGAUAUGGAAGUGGACGUGGAUUUGGGGACGGCUACAAUGGAUAUGGAGGCGGACCUGGAGGAAAUUAUGGAAGUGGAAAUUACAAUGAUUUUGGAAAUUGUAACCAGCAACCUUCUAACUAUGGUCCAAUGAAGAGUGGAAACUUUGGUGGUAGCAGGAACAUGGGGGGACCAUAUGGUGGAGGAAACUAUGGUCCAGGAGGCAGUGAAGGAAGUGGGUGUUAUGGUGGGAGGAGCCGAUACUGAGCUUCUUCCUUCUUGCCAUGGGCUUCACUGUAUAAAUAGGAGAGGAUGAGAGCCCAGAGGUAACAGAACAGCUUCAGGUUAUCGAAAUAACAAUGUUAAGGAAACUCUUAUCUCAGUCAUGCAUAAAUAUGCAGUGAUAUGACAGAAGACACCAGAGCAGAUGCAGAGAGCCAUUUUGUGAAUGGAUUGGAUUAUUUAAUAACAUUACCUUACUGUGGAGGAAGGAUUGUAAAAAAAAUGCCUUUGAGACAGUUUCUUAGCUUUUUAAUUGUUGUUUCUUUCUAGUGGUCUUUGUAAGAGUGUAGAAGCAUUCCUUCUUUGAUAAUGUUAAAUUUGUAAGUUUCAGGUGACAUGUGAAACCUUUUUUAAGAUUUUUCUCAAAGUUUUGAAAAGCUGUUAGCCAGGAUCAUGGUGUAAUAAGACAUAACGUUUUUCCUUUAAAAAUUUUAAGUGU